GCACUGCCGCCCCCCUCGUCCCCCUCCAGCGAGUGGCAGUCGGAGGUAAACAACCAUGUGUGCUCCUCCACUCUAUAAUUAACAGCCGCGGCAGUGGGGAUCGGAGGAGGCAGGGGCCUGGGGACCGUGGUGGUUGGCGGCUGGCUGCUCUUGUCUUGGGAGAGAGGGCCCCUGGAGCCAGGCGGGCACUGGCCUUCUCUGUGUGAACCAGUUGCCAUGCCAGCUUCCCAGAGCCGGGCCCGGGCCCGGGACCGAAGCAAUGUCCUCAACCGGGCCGAGUUCCUGUCCCUGAAUCAACCCCCCAAGGGGGUCCCAGAGGCCCGGAGGACGAGCAGGCAGGCCCCGGGCCCAUCAGCGCAGCCCCCACCGGCCUCAGAUGGGCCCCGGGAGCGUCGCCAGUCGCAGCAGCUGCCCGAGGAGGACUGCAUGCAGCUGAACCCCUCCUUCAAGGGCAUCGCCUUCAGCUCCCUGCUGGCCAUCGACAUCUGUAUGUCCAAGCGGUUGGGGGUGUGCGCAAGCCGGGCCUCGUCCUGGGCCAGCGCCCGAUCCAUGGUCAAGCUCAUCGGCAUCACGGGCCAUGGCAUCCCCUGGAUUGGGGGCACCAUCCUAUGCCUGGUGAAGAGCAGCACACUGGCCGGCCAGGAGGUGCUCAUGAACCUGCUUCUGGCCCUGCUCCUGGACAUCAUGACGGUGGCCGGCGUGCAGAAGCUCAUCAAGCGGCGGGGUCCCUAUGAGACAAGCCCGGGCCUCCUGGACUACCUCACCAUGGACAUCUACGCCUUCCCGGCCGGGCACGCCAGCCGCGCCGCCAUGGUGUCCAAGUUCUUUCUCAGCCACCUGGUGCUGGCGGUGCCCCUGCGCGUGCUCCUGGUGCUCUGGGCCUUCUGCGUGGGCCUAUCUCGUGUGAUGAUCGGGCGCCACCACAUCACGGAUGUCGUCUCGGGCUUCAUCAUCGGCUACUUCCAAUUCCGCCUGGUGGAGCUGGUCUGGAUGUCCUCCAACACCUGCCAGAUGCUCAUCUCGGCCUGGUGAGCUGGCCGCCCACACCUUCCCCGGGAGGCUGGGGCUCCUGGGGGCUGGGGAGAGGCCCAAGGACGACCUGGAGGGCGGUCAGCGAGGGCCACUGAGCCAGCAGCCCCACCCCUGGAGUCAGCUGCCCACAAGCCAUCUUGGAGGCCGGCGACCCUGAGCAGACUGGCCCCUGGUGAGUGCUGUGUUUGGUGGUGCUGGGCACCGCCUGCCCCUGGGUGUGGAACCCACGGCUCCUCUAGGCCAGCAGGGGUCCAGCCGUGGAGAAGGCCCCGCUAGGCCACUGCUCGGAAGACAGGCGAGAACCAAGGCGAUGGGAGAGGGGAGGGAUCUGGUCUUGUCCUCUUGUGUCAUCCCUGUUGAGCCUUUGGCUCAUGUGCCCCUCAUGUCCAGCACAAUAUCCCAAGCCCCUCCACCACCCAGUGCAGCUGCCCAUUUUCACGAAUGAUCAUCGACCGCUAGCUUAGGGCAGCACUCACAGGACACCAGCCUGCGAGGUUCAACCGGGUGAAAGAAGGACUCUGUUGCCAAACAUAUUUGGCCAAUGCUCCUGUUUGGUCCCCAUGUCCACACGCCACGGGGGUCUUCCUUGGCAGAAAGGCUCCGACAAGUCUUGGGGCCAAGCUUCUGGCGGCACCUUGGUCCCCAAACUUAUUUAAACACAGAACCCUUUCCUGGAGGAUGGCUGCUCACUCCCUGGGAACUCUGCUCUCCCAAGUGCCCUUUGGGAGAUGCGGCCCCUGGAGCCAAAGGGCCCGGGGCUUGAGCUGGCCUCUCCCAGGUGCUCCCUGCCCACCACAGCCUGUGGAAAGCUAAGCUGCAUCAAGUGCUGGCCCUGGACCAUGGGCUUCGGUGCCACGUUGGCCCCCAGGGGCUGGACUCCAUGUGACCUAAUAGGUCGUUUCAAGCCUACCGUUUAUGGACAUGCGUUUCCUGUGACAAUACAGAUGAUG